AUGGUGCGGUGCACGGUGUUUCGCGUUUCCAGGCCCUUUGCUGCCCCGCACGUGCGUGGCUUCUGCACUGUCACAGCCCCACGGUUGUUUGCGGGGCUUCACGCAAGCCCGCUGCACUUAGACUCUAGCAACAGCAACAACGGCAACACUACUAAUGCUCCUCGGCACCCAAACAACGCGUCGGCCGGCAGCACAGAGAGCGUCAACGCGAUCGGGAAGGGAAGCGAGCAGGACGUACGUCACACCACCGCGGCAGACGACGACGUGACGGUUGUGAAUAAAGACUACAGUGAGGAAACGCAUCAAAGCACCGACGACGGCUUCCACGAGGACGCCAUUAUUGUGAGGGACGCCAAGGGCAACUCCCUCACACGCAUUCGGCGACUUCCGCUCACCCUCGUCGAGGAGGUUCCGCUGCCGCAGCGCAUCCUAACGGACUUGGAGCUGAUCAUGAUGGCGUGGUGUGAAGAGCACGCGCGGCAGUACGCCAUCUUCAUGAGCUUUGUGCGCAUCAGCAUCUUUGUGCUACUCUUCAUCAUUCUGUAUGUUUUUUACAAGACGACACUGUCGAGCGAGCGGGUACUCCGUGGUGUGGACAAGAUGCCGGCCGACCUGCGCAUUGGCAAUGUCGUGUACUUCGACGUCACCGAGAACGGCAUGGACAUUGGUCGCAUUGUCAUCGGUUUGCUGAACGAGGAUUGUCCGUUGUACUGCGAGUACUUCCACCGUCGCUGCACCGGCAACGGUGGCAAGGGCGAGUCCUUCCGUGGCAUGUCGCUUGCCGCGAUCGUGCCGCGACACUGCCUCAUCUUCGGCGACGGACACGAGAUGGAGCACGACGUCCCCGGCUUCAACUCGCACUACCUCCCGACCGAGCACCUCAGCGGCGGGGCGUGGCGGGGCGCGCUGUCGGCCAUCGCCUACGGCCCAAAUCGCGAAAGCCCGAACUUUUCGAUCCACAUUUCAUCCGGCGAUUACCGGCCGCAGGUGUUCGCUAUCGUGAUUGGCGGCUACAACGUGAUUGAGCGCAUGAACCAGGCCGGCUCGAAGCACGGCAAUUCCCCGAAGAAACAUUACGUGAUUGAGAGCUGUGGUGAGUUGUGCACGCUGGCCAAGUCGCACAUCGCACCGAUGCCGUGGAAGCUGUACGAGUCCGUGUCGGUCGGUUACGACGAGGAGAAGUUCGGGCCGCGUCUGUCGCCGGAUGUACUGCGGCACUCGGACGAGCUCGGCGCGGCCGCGUUUGCGAAGUUGCACAACGCUGCCGAAGCGGCGACCGCGACGCCGGAGAAGAAGAAGAAGAGGUGGGGGAUCUUUUAA